GUCACCUGCUUCUGGAAAUGACUCUCUCCUUGGACUUUUCUUGGCUCCGGUGGAAAUGGCGAACCCAAAAUGGCUUCCCCCAGUCCCCUUCAGAAAGCACCCCACUGCUUUCUCCAGAGAUGGGCCAUCAGAGCUACAACCCAACAGAGGAGCGGGUGGUGUACCCCAACAAUGGCAUGUGUCACCAGGACUGGAAGAAGGUCUCCAGGAGGUACCCAGGCAACAGCAUCUGUACAACCAAAUAUACCCUGCUCACCUUCCUGCCUCAGAAUCUCUUUGAGCAGUUUCAUAGGUGGGCCAACCUCUACUUCCUGUUCCUGGUGAUUCUGAACUGGAUGCCCUCCAUGGAAGUCUUCCACAGGGAAAUCACCAUGUUACCAUUGGCCAUCGUCCUGUUUAUCAUCAUGGUCAAAGAUGGCAUAGAGGACUUUAAGAGAUACCGCUUUGAUAGAGAGAUGAACAGUGCCAGCAUUCAGAUAUAUGAAAGAAUAGAGCAGAGCUACAUGCAGAAGCGCUGGCAGGAUGUGCGUGUGGGAGACUUUGUCCAGAUGCGGUGUAAUGAGAUCGUCCCAGCAGACAUCCUUCUCCUGUUCUCCUCAGACCCCAGUGGCGUUUGCCACCUGGAAACUGCCAACUUGGAUGGAGAGACCAACCUCAAGCAGAGGAGUGUUGUGAAGGGCUUCUCACAGCAGGAGCUGCAGUUCCAACCGGAAUACUUCCACAGUACCAUCAUAUGUGAAAGGCCCAACAACCACCUCAGCAAAUUUAAGGGUUAUAUGGAGCAUCCUGACCAGACCAGGACUGGCUUUGGCAGUGAGAGUCUUCUACUCCGAGGCUGCACCAUCCGAAACACUGAGGUGGCAGCUGGCAUUGUCAUCUACGCAGGUCAUGAGACAAAAGCUAUGCUGAACAAUAGUGGGCCCCGCUACAAACGCAGCAAAAUUGAGCGGCGCAUCAACACAGACAUUUUCUUCUGCAUCGGCCUCCUCUUCCUCAUGUGUCUCAUUGGAGCUGUAGGCCACAGCCUCUGGAAUGGGACCUUUAAAGAGCAUCCUCCCUUUGAUGUGCCAGAUGCUGAUGGGAACUUCCUUUCCCUGGCCCUCGGAGGCUUCUAUAUGUUUCUCACAAUGAUCAUCCUGCUCCAGGUGCUCAUCCCCAUCUCCUUGUACGUGUCCAUUGAGCUGGUGAAGCUUGGGCAAGUGUACCUCCUUCACAAUGACCUUGACCUAUAUGAUGAAGAAACUGACUUGUCCAUUCAAUGUCGAGCCCUCAACAUUACAGAGGACCUGGGCCAGAUCCAGUACAUCUUCUCUGACAAGACAGGGACCCUGACAGAAAACAAGAUGGUGUUCCGGCGUUGUACCAUUGUGGGCAGUGAAUAUUGUCACCAAGAAAAUGCCAAGCGAUUGGAGAUGCCAAAGGAGCUGGACUCAGAUGGUGAGGAGUGGACCCAAUACCAAUGCCUGUCCUUCCCACCUAGAUGGGCCCAGGACCCAGCAACGAUAAGAAGCCACGGAGGUGCUCAGCCUCUAAGAAGGUCCCAGAGUGCCCGGGUCCCCAUCCAGAGCCACUCCCGACAAAGAUCUGUGGGACGCUGGGAGAUCUCACAGCCUCCAGUGGCCUUCAGCAGCUCAAUAGAAAAAGAUGUGACUCCCGAUAGAAAUCUCCUAAGCAAGGUGAGGGAGGCUGCCCUAUGGCUGGAGACCUCAGACACCAGACUUGCCAAGCCUUCCCAUUCCAGCACUGCCUCCAUCGCUGACUUCUUCCUUGCCCUAACCAUAUGCAACUCUGUCAUGGUGUCCACAACUACUGAGCCUAGAAAGAGGGUUACCACUCCACCAUCCAGCAAGGCUCUGGGGACAUCCUUGGAAAAGAUUCAACAGCUGUUCCAGAGACUGAAACUUUUGAGCCUCAGCCAAUCAUUCUCCUCCACUGCCCCUUCUGAGCCAGAUCUAGGAGAGAGUCUGGGGCCCAACAUGGUCACCACAGACUCAGAUGAGAAAGAUGAUGUGUCUGUAUGUAGCGGAGACUGCUCCACUGAUGGUGGCUACAGGAGCAGCACAUGGGAGCAAGGUGACAUCCUGGGGUCAGAGUCAGGGGCAUCUCUGGAGGAUGGGCUGGAGGCCCCAGCUCUCAGCCUAGAAGGACCUGAGCUCUGCUAUGAGGCUGAGAGUCCUGAUGAGGCAGCUCUAGUGCAUGCUGCCCGAGCCUACAGUUUCACACUGGUGUCUAGGACACCUGAGCAGGUGACUGUGCGUCUGCCCCAGGGCAUCUGCCUCACCUUUGACCUCCUCUUCACACUGGGAUUCGACUCUGUCCGGAAGAGAAUGUCAGUAGUGGUGAGGCAUCCACUGACAGGCGAGAUCAUUGUCUACACCAAGGGCGCUGACUCAGUUAUCAUGGACCUGCUAGAAGAUCCAGCCUGUGCGAGUGAUAUUGAUGUGGAAAAGAAGCUGAAAAGAAUCCAGGCCCGGACCCAAAAGCAUCUGGACUUGUAUGCAAGAGAUGGCCUUCGAACCCUGUGCAUUGCUAAGAAGGUUGUAAAUGAAGAGGACUUCCAGAGGUGGGCCAGUUUCCGGCGUGAGGCUGAGGCAUCCCUGGACAACCGAGAGGAGCUUCUGAUGGAGACAGCCCAGCACUUGGAGAAUCAUCUCACAUUACUUGGAGCCACUGGCAUUGAGGAUCGACUCCAAGAAGGAGUUCCAGACACCAUCGCUGCACUUCGGGAGGCUGGAAUCCAGCUUUGGGUUUUGACAGGAGAUAAACAGGAGACAGCUGUCAAUAUUGCAUAUUCCUGCAAACUGCUGGAUCAGACUGACACCGUGUACUCCAUCAACACAGAGAACCAGGAAACCUGUGAGUCCAUCCUCAACUGUGCAUUGGAAGAUGUAAAGAGGUUUCAUGAACCACAAGAGGCAGCCCAAAAACUCUGUGGGUGCCACAUACCAUCUAAGAUGCCAUCUGCUAUGGCUCCUACAGUUGGACUUGUCAUUGAUGGGAAGACAUUGAAUGCAGUUUUCCAGGGAAAGCUGGAAAAAAAGUUCCUGGAGUUGACUCAGUACUGUCGGUCUGUCCUGUGUUGUCGCUCCACCCCACUCCAGAAGAGUAUGAUUGUCAAGCUGGUGCGAGACAAAUUGAGCGUCAUGACUCUUUCCAUAGGUGAUGGAGCAAAUGAUGUGAGCAUGAUUCAAGCUGCUGACAUUGGCAUUGGGAUAUCUGGGCAGGAAGGCAUGCAGGCUGUCAUGUCCAGUGACUUUGCCAUUGCCCGAUUCAGCCACCUCAAGAAGCUGCUGCUUGUGCAUGGCCACUGGUGUUACUCUCGACUGGCCAGGAUGGUAGUAUACUACUUCUACAAGAAUGUGUGCUACGUCAACCUGCUAUUCUGGUACCAGUUCUUCUGUGGUUUCUCCGGCUCCACCAUGAUCGACUACUGGCAGAUGAUAUUCUUCAAUCUCUUCUUCACCUCCUUGCCUCCCAUCAUUUUUGGAAUCCUCGAUAAAGAUGUCUCUGAGGAAACACUCCUGGCAUUGCCUGAGCUAUACAAGAGUGGCCAGAACUCUGAGUUCUACAAUCUGCCAAUGUUCUGGAUUUCCAUGGUGGAUGCAUUCUACCAGAGUCUCAUCUGUUUCUUUAUCCCUUACUUGACCUACAGAGGUUCAGAUAUAGAUGUCUUUACCUUUGGAACACCAAUCAACACCAUCUCUCUCACUACCAUCCUCUUGCACCAAGCAAUGGAAAUGAAGACAUGGACUGUCCUCCAUGGCCUUGUCCUCCUUGGGAGCUUCUUGAUGUACUUUGUGGUUUCCCUGAUCUACAAUGCCACUUGUGUUACCUGCAACAGCCCCACCAAUCCCUACUGGGUAAUGGAAAGGCAGCUCUCAGAUCCCACAUUCUACCUCAUCUGCCUCCUCACACCAGUCGUGGCUCUUCUACCAAGGUACUUUCUCCUAUCUCUACAAGGGACUUAUGGGAAGUCUCUAAUCUCAAAAGCUCAGAAAAUUGACAAGCUGCCCACAGACAAAAGAAACCUUGAAAUCCAGAACUGGAGAAGCAAACAAAGACUUGCCCCUGCCUCUGCCUCUGCCUCUGUUCCUGCUUCUGGCCCUGCCCAUGCUCAACCCCCAUGCCAUCCAGUACCACCUGCACAACAGCAGGACUUAGGAACCACCACCCCAAAGAACUGCAGCCCUCCCAGAAAGAAGCAUACUGAAGACUGGGUUCUCCAGAGUCCUAGAUGCAACAGAGAGCUCUCGAGAGAUGAGACAUGCUCAGGGGACUCCUUGGCUAAACUCUCAUCUGGGGAAUGCCUUCUGAGUCCAAACAGGACAAUGGCACCCACAGCCUAUACCAGGGGACAGAAGGAUGUGUCACGACACUCAAGCAAAGGCAGCCAUCGCCGCUCUCAGAGUUCAUUGACCAUAUGAUGGGACUGCAGAAAUCAGAGAUUGAUAUAAACUCAAAAGAGACCACCCCAAUCACUGACAAGUGACCUAGUUCCUGUCCUCUCUGUAUAGGAAUGAUUGUCAGUUUUAUCAAUUCUACUCACCAGGGUUGACUUCCUUCAGGAAAUGCUGGCCCCAAAGGGGGCUGAGCAAAACUGUCAGGCCCA